GUGUCUGGGAGCCGCGUCUUCGGGACCCGUAAGCAGCCGGCGCUUGGGACGCGACCCUCGGGCGUGAGCCGAGCGACUUCGCCAAGAAGCAGGAAGGACAAAAUGAUGACAGAGAGAAGCCCAUUGAAGGAGCGUUACCAAGAAGUCCUGGACAAGCAGAGGCAGGUGGAAAACCAACUCCAAGCGCAAUUGAAGCAACUUCAGCAAAGGAGAGAAGAAGAAAUGAAGAAUCACCAGGAGAUACUCAAGGCUCUUCAGGAUGUGACCAUAAAGUGGGAAGAAACCAAGAAGAAAAUAGAGACAGAAAAGAAGGAGUUUUUGCAAAAGGAGCAGGACCUGAAAACUGAAAUUGAGAACCUGUGUGAGAAAGGCGGAAGCUUAACGUCCUGGUGGACACAGGAAGCAGUAACUUUGUGGUGGACGCUGCCCCCCACGUUUUCUGCAUGGCUACCACCAGAGGCUGCUAUCAUUGGGGGUAUCAACCAUUCACUGUACACAGGCAGUCUCUGGUACACACCCAUCCGGCAGGAGUGGUAUUAUGAGGUGAUCAUUGUACGUGUGGAAAUCAAUGGACAAGAUCUAAAAAUGGAUUUCAAGGAGUACAUCUAUGACAAGAGCAUCGUGGACAGUGGCACCACCAACCUUCGUUUACCUAAGAAGUGUUUGAAGCUGCAGUCAAGUCCAUCAAGGCAGCCUCCUCGGUCAGUGGACUAAGAAUGACACAGUAUCAGGAAAUCAGUGAGACACACAUUCUUCAGCAAGCCAAGAUGUCUGCACUUCGGCCUUCCACUCAGAGCUCUUAAAACCUGUGCUUUAUUGAUGUAUGGUUCACCAUACAAUCCCCCAGUGCAGGUUUUUUUUUUUUUUCU